GCUUUGCCAACACACCCUUUUUCUCGCACAACAUUCACUCUUUCUUCCUCACCCUUUCCACGUCAUGUCCUCCGCUCCACCUACGGUUCUAGUGACAGGCGCAUCGGGCCUGCUCGGUCGCGACAUCAUCAAAGCUUUCGAACGCGACGGAGAUUGGAAAGUAGUCGGUACUGCACUGUCAAGGGCCAAUCCCCCGUCCAUUGUCAAGCUCGACCUGCAAGACGACGCCGCCAUCAAGCAGCUCCUGGAUGAUGUACAACCAAAGGUCAUAGUACACAGUGCGGCAAAUCGAUUUCCGGACAAAGUCGAGGCAGACAAAGCCCUCGCCCACGCCGUCAACGUUGCGCCUACCCGCCUCCUCGCUUCUGAAGCUGCCUCUCGCUCCAUAUUCCUGAUCUACAUAAGCACCGACUACGUCUUUCCCGGCCUGCCUGGGCAGGCACCAUACACGACGUCCUCACCCGCCGCACCGACCAACGCGUAUGGCCAGACAAAAUAUGAAGGCGAGGUUGCCGUGUUAGAGCAGACGGCGCAGGGUAGCACCCAGCUUCCCGUGCCUGCGGUUGUCUUACGUGUGCCUUUGCUCUAUGGACACUGCGAGAAGGACGACCCGUCCAAAAGUGCCGUCCACCCACUCAUUGACGCCUUGUGGAAGGCGCAAACCUUGCCACCAGGCGCGCCCAAGAUCAAGGUCGACGAUUACGCGUUGCGCUAUCCGACGUGCACCGAAGAUGUCGGCCGUGUCUGUCGCGACAUAGCCAAGCUGUACACCUCUGACCAAAACCGUCCAGAUCUCCCUCGCAUCCUUCACUUCUCCGCUGAGGAGCAGUACACGAAAUAUGGCAUGUGCAAGCUGUUCGCAGACGAAAUUCUGGCGCUUCCCAUGGAGAAUGUUGUGCCGUGGGAUCCGACGAAGGACGAGGGGCAAGCGACGGCUACCGUGAGACCGUACAACACUCACUUAGACACAAGUGUGCUGAAGCACUUGGGCAUCGAUGUCUCGACGAUGAAUUUUCUUGCCUGGUGGUACGUUACAUGACCAUCUGCCAUUUUUCGUCCGUCACCUUGUCACAUCGUCUUCUUGACUGCUACGCUUCCAUUUGCUGCAACGCCCCACUCCCUGUCUGCCUUGGUAGUGCGAUGUCUCCCCUCUCACAUUGUUUCAUGCAAUCUCCUGGGGACCAGGUGGGCGUGAAACAUUGUUAGCCCUGCCCUGCCCUGGCCCCUUACUCAGGCCGAACGCCCCCCUUGUUGACAAGCGGAACAAACAAUAUAAACAUCUAUAUGAGCUGUGGCGGUGCUGUCUGUCCUCAAGCUGCCUUCUUGGGAAGUCGGUGCCGAUCGCUCUCUUCGAUGAGUGUACUGCAUAAGGCUUGUACACCUACGUACACCUUUGCCCAUGCCAUACAGCGCACAUGCCCGGU